GUGCACCACGUUGGGCCCGGUUCGAAUUAGAUUUAUCGCCAGACGAGCCGCCGCUCUAUCAACAACUUAAAGUCUCACUGAUGGCGGCCGGAUACGAGGCUCUCUCUACGUCUCCCUUUGUAUCAAACUCAUGCGCUAGUUAUGACCUUUACGAUUACACGAUUUGUCUCUCUGGGUCUUUCUGCUCGAACGAGCAAGGCUUCCUUGCGAUUAUUUCCACCCGCAAGCGCUAGCCCCAGAUGUAUCAAUAUUCAUCCAUUAUCGCGACCAAUUAAGACCCCUCCGACCCGCCGAUUGUAUAGUACGGCUACAGUUGGAACUGCCAAGACCUUUGGAUCUGCAGUGGCAGUCGCUGUAAUCGCCGGUGGAGCUUCACUCUUCCUUGCCCUGGCACGCUCUCGAGAUACCGCCCCUCCAAACCCGACGGCGGAAGCUGUUGUUGAGGUUAUUCCCACUCCUCCUCAGACUGGUUCUGAGCCGACACACAAUUUUGCCAAGGCCCUCGAAGACUUGCAGGCAGAAUUCCCAGAAUACUCCAUUGUAUCUACCGACCCCGGUGAACUGUAUGCUUAUGCACAGUCAGCCUACUCUCAAUUUGUUGGAUUACCGCAUACCAUUGUUGUACACGUUCGAAGCACCGAAGAUGUUGUAAAGGUAGUAAAAAUAGCUAACAAGUAUCUCGUUCCAAUUGUACCAUAUUCAGGAGGAACAAGCCUGGAAGGGAAUUUGUCUGCUUCGGAUGCAGAUGUGGUUUGUCAAGCUGGAGUCACCUGGAAUGAUCUGAAUGAAACGCUGAGGGAAAAGGGUAUGUCACUGUGUAGUCGGUGUGGCAUGAUUUCGACUGGGUGCUCUGGAACCAAUGCGGUCAAAUAUGGAACAGCAAGAGGCGAAUGGAUUCUUAACGCCACGGUGGUGCUUCCGUCGGGCGAAGUGAUCAAGACACGACAGCGCGCCCGCAAGUCAUCGGUGGGUUUUGAUGUCACCAAAUUGUUCAUAGGUGCAGAAGGCACUCUUGGAAUUAUCACGGAAGCUACAUUACGUCUAGCCCCCGUUCUGCCAAGCACUGUUGCUGUGGCGCAAUUCCCUGAUAUUCGACAUGCAACUGAUGCAGUGUGUGACGUCUUGAACCAUGGCGCAGCACUGCGUAAGUCACAAGCACUUCAGAGGUGUCAAAUGCUAAGCGGGGCAUGCCUGUUCCCCACAGAAUGCGUCGAGAUCAUUGAUGAACUUACGAUCAAGGCGCUAAACCAAUUUGGGACGUCUGCGAGAAAGUGGCCAGAGAAAGUUACUCUCUUCUUCAAGUUCCAAGGCUCGGACGAUGUGAUUCAGGAAACGUCGCGCCAUGUGGAAAGCGCGGUUGCGAAGCAUGGUGCAACCGACUACCAACUUGCUUCAAACAAGCAGGAAAGCGAGGACAUCUGGCAGGACCGGAGAAAUGCGCUUUUCGCGUGCCUUGCAUACCGUCCAGGAUGUCAAGGGUGGAUCACUGACGUAUGCGUCCCAGUGUCACGCCUACCCGAUCUUAUCUCUGCUGCAAAGAAAGAUUUUGAGGAACUCGGUCUAAUUGCACCAAUUGCUGGUCAUGUUGGCGAUGGUAACUUCCAUGCUCUCGUUCUCUAUGCGGAUGACGCGGAGCUUGCCCUUGUACGAGAAGCAGUUAGCAGGAUCAAUCACAAAGCCAUUGAACUUGAAGGAACAUGCACUGGGGAACACGGCGUUGGUACGGGUAAACGCAACUACCUCUUGACUGAACUUGGAGAAGGCACGGUAGCCCUCAUGAGAACCAUCAAACAGACGCUCGAUCCCCACAACUUGUUUAAUCCAGGAAAGCUGUAUCCCGAUGUUUUGCCGCCGUCCGACACGAAUGCGUUGACAGAAGGUCACGCUAUCUCAGCCAGCAGCAAAUCUUGAGUCUCAGAGUCGGGCGCUCGUAAUUUUUUUUUCACCUUUAAAGGUUGUACAAUGUGACGUAUCUUCUUGAUGACAUUCUGUUCCUUAUGAGAAGGACAACCAAGUAUUUGACUAAUCGGUAGUUUGAUUAUUCGACGGCCCUAUUUCAGAUUUUCGGCCAUCUUGAGUGAUUUCUCAGUAUUGGUGGGAGCCCUGAGCAGGGCCUUCAGCAUUGUGCUAUUUUGACGUGUAUCCUGUGA